AAAUUUUUAGUGCAUUAUUGGAUUCAUUUUAAAUGUUACUGUACGAACGUUAACUCAUUUAUUUCUAAUAUUAAACUUGCACUGAAUUUAAAGACAAAUACAAUGCUUUACAGUUCGUACGAAAUAUGUCAAUGGGAGUCCCCUGGGAAGUAUUUUGUCAUUGACCUUGAUUGAAAAUGCAAAUGACUCGCUUUCCUGAUUCUAUAGUGGAAGACGGUCAAGUGAGUCAAGCAUGUAAGGUUGUUUACAAGAUUGUAGCGCCGGGAAUCCUGCUAAAAUAUGUUCGAAAAGAUAUAGCACGAAUUAAUUGAAGUGCCUCAUUUAUGUUGGUGGAGAAGGCGUGUGUUCUUCGUUCAUCAGUCACCUAACAGCAAACCUUGUCACUGUCACCCCGCGCCAUAAUGAAAACAGUGCUCACAAAUCUCAUCUUUGUGUUGCUGUUGUGGUUUGGAUGUGGAGUCGGCCCUUCAUUAAACUGCCCGCCAGAAUGCGAGUGUGAAGAUAAAGGAAAUGGCUUACUAGUGAACUGUGCGAAUAAGGGAUUGAAGUCGCCAAUCAACCCUAAUGAUCUCCCUGCCAACACGUUCGAACUGGAUCUGUCAAAUAAUGCGAUAGAAACCAUCGUAAACAAUGCCUUCAAAAGGAAAAAUCUAACAAAGUUUAGAAAACUAAAUUUGUCUGGCAAUAGACUUCAAAUGAUUGCACCAGAUGCGUUUUCUGGAUUAAAUAAAUUAACAAGGAUUGAUCUUAGCAACAACAAAUUAUCCGUUCUUAAUGAAGGUGUCUUUGGAAAGCUGAGAAACAUCAAAAACAUUGAUUUGUCAAACAACCAGUUGUUCAUGUUAAAUAAAACCCAGUUUUAUGGAUGCAAGAAUCUUAAAACCAUAGACCUGUCUUCCAAUAAGCUCAAACUUCUUCCUGAUGGAUUAUUUAUUAAUUCCCUUUAUAGAGACUUAAGGAAAAUAGAGCUUGAUCUUAAUCCUCUAAUCUGUGACUGUAAUCUCAAAUGGUUGGUGAAAUGGAUAAAUGGAGGAAAAGACCGGAAUGUGCAAGGCAGGUGUGAGCGUCCUUACAGAGUGAAGGACAACAAAGUUGCAAAACUCAAAGAGAACAAGAUGGUGUGUGACAAACUUGACCUGCCAGUCAUGUUUUUUGGCCCUCAAGGUGACCAAAUUGCAUUCAAGGGAGACAGUCACACCUUUGUAUGCAACUCUUCCUGGAUUCCUGGUAUGCAGAUCACAUGGUACAAGGACAAUAAAUUGAUUACUGUCGAGCCAGAUGACAAAAGGAAACAUGUUGUGUUUAAGUUUGAUCCUAGCAAAGUGGUGAUCUCUACUGUUUUGGACAUUCAGCAACUUACUGUGGAUGACAGUGGAUAUUACAGCUGCAAUGUCACUCACAAAGGAGGCUACCUGCACUUGAGUAGAUCUCAUCUGGCCAUCAUCCCAUCUAACGCAAAAUUCUGCCGAGCAGUUUCCACAGAAACAGACAAGGGAACGUUUCACUGGCACCACACAGCAGCUGGGGGAUAUGCCUUCUUGCCAUGCCCUGUUGGUGUAAUGAGCAGCUUGAUAGAUCAUGGGGGAACUGAACUUAUGGCCAGGCGAAACUGCUCUUUAGAAGGUGUUUGGAUGGCAGUGGAUGCACAGUCAUGUGCCCAUGCUAAUGAGAUAACUCGUGCUCUCUAUGAGUUAAAGCAGAAAACAGUAAAUGAUACAACAGUCGCAGCAGUCAGUCAUCAGAUACUGAACAUUUCAAAACGAGCAAGGGAGUACAGUGAUCCCUUAGAUGUUGUAUAUGGAGCUGAAGUUGUGGACAAGUUGGCACAAGUCAUCGGAAGAGAUCAAGUUCUCAAUGAAAAUCUGGUCGAUACCAUAAGUAACAUCAUGGAAACUGAUGUAAUAUUGUUACAAGAUGCACAGCGAAUAUCAAAGGCUUGCUCAAGCAUGGUGAUUCUUCUUGACCUACUUGCCACAAGAUUUCCUAUGGAUCUUCAAAGUGAUAUGGCAUUUGUAUCAAAGAAUAUUGCAGUUUAUGUAGUACAGAUCUCACAAAUAUUUGAACUUGCUGGUAAGAUGUGUUACGUGACAACAGGGGAGGACUCCAGGCUCAAGGACAUCGACUGCUUACCUUGUGUUUACAACAUGUCCUGUAAGAAGCAAAUGUUGGUCGACACCUCCAUCUAUCUUCCACCAUCACUGUUCCAGCAAAUUCCAUCAGAUGUGAAUGUAAAAUUUCAGUUUAUCGUCUACUCCAACAGUAAACUUUUUCCAGAAAUUACCAAUGGAAGUGAAACUGAAAAAAAGAGAGAAGUGUCCAGUAGUGUAAUGUCAGCUCAGUUUGGAGGGAUCCAGUUGACAAACCUUUCCCAUCCAGUUAUUCUUAAGUUCAGGAAUCAUCAGGUUUGUUGCUAUGUUGUUGUUUUGAAUAUAUGCAUCCUCAAUGUAUCUACUCUCACUCAGAGUCUGGAGAAUGACUGCAUUAUUUACUGCUUGUUCUGUUACAAACUGACAUUUUUCUCAAAGAAAAUUCCUAUUGUUUUUGUUGUAGGUCAGCUUGGAAGUUGGAAGAUGAAUACAGACUGCAACAAAGUUUCAUCUCAAGACAACAGUACCAUAACAGAGUGUUCACAGCUUGCCAACAAGAACUUCUUUGCUAUCAUGAUGAGUGUAAGAAAGCCAGGGGACACUAGGGCCUCUGGAGAUAAUUUAUUGUAUUUGCUGCCAUUUUCCUUGGAACUAAUCGUGUUUGUUGGAGCUGGUAUCUCCAUACUCUUCAUCUUAACUACUUUGAUAGUGUACGCCGUGGUAAGGGAUCUGCGGUUUGGCAGAGAUGAUGCGGCCAUGUUGAUGAACCACUACCUCGCUCUUAUCGUUACCAUUGUGGUGUUUGUGACAGGGAUCAAUCAAGUGACUAACGUGCUAGUGUGUCGUUCUGUUGGAGUGUUAUUGCAUUAUUUCUUGUUAUGUUCACUGCUGUGGAUCGGUUGCGGAGGAAUUUGUCUUCACCGACUGAUAAGGACUGCCAUUCAGCCUGAGGAAUUCAACCCUGUUCUUAGAUAUUAUAUGACUAGCUGGGGUAUACCACUUAUUAUCUGUGGAAUCACUGUCGCUGGUAAUCCGGAUAAUUACAAUGUUCAUGAUUACUGUUGGCUGAGGCGGCACCCCUUCUAUGGUGCUUUCGUGGGUCCUGCCUGCUUGAUAGUGCUCAUAGAUUUGAUCAUAUUUCUUCGUGUUUUCAACCUGAUCAAUCGGACAUACGACACUGAAGUGACUCCACAAACAGAGCAGGAAAAUGAAGUCGAAAUCGUAGCUGAAGAGAAUGCUCUGGUUAUUCAGCAAGAGCCUCUGCCAAAUGGUGAUGGAACCGGAGACAUUGUGGACAAGUCAGCUUUACCGGAUAAAAAGGAAAUGAUUGAUCACCUGCGAGGAAGUUGCGUAAUUUUACUUUCGAUCAUUAGUAGCGUGACACUGGGAGUGAUAAUGAUUCGUUACCAACAGCCACGCGCCCUGUACAUAGCCUUGAAUUGUCUAUUUGCGGUGCUGCUUGUUGUCUUGGGAGCUCUUGUUUUCGUCUUUUAUUGUUACAGAAAGCAGAAAGUUCGGCUUUUCUGGAGAAAGUGUUGUAAAUGCUGGUGCUUGUCCAACAAGCAAUACGAAGUUCAGCAAGAAACGCCUGAAGCCCACACGUAUGAAGAGAUAUCGCCGGAUAAAACGACAGCUGAUACGGAAAAUGGACAGGAGGUACAAUUCACUGGGGAUGAAAUUCACGGCGCCAAAAACCAGCUUUCCCAGGGAGAUGAGGAUUCACAAUCGAACGUGUCUUUGCCGUAUUCGGCGGUCAUUAGAAUUGAUAAACAAGAUCAUGUGGCGGAGAAGGAGGCCGAAGUUGAACCUGAAAAAGCGCCGUCUGUGUCAGACAAGCAGUCUUGUACAUCAGCCCCUCUUCCUAUGAAAUAUAAGCCCCGAGGGAGACUUCUUAAACACCCCCCUGGACACCGGCACAGCUAUACUGAGAACACUCGUUUUCCCCCUAGUAUUUACGAAGAUCGUCGUGCACCCCUUGCUCCACCCGAGGGGACUGCAAGCUCCGUGGUUUCAAGCAUUCAGCUUCCUACAGACACCGCGUCCAAUGUUGCUCCAUCCGAAUGUCAUUCAUCUGUGCGCGAGGCGGCGGAUCCUCUCAAUGUGUCACGCCAUACUAACACGUCAUGUUCAGCCUCUGAGGUGUCCAUUCCAAUAGAAAUUCCGUCCUCGAAGAGAAGACCUCCCAUACCCGGUUCUUCCUCGCAUGGUUCGGAUGGUGCGCCCCCUCUCCCGUUUAACAAAAUUCGUACUCCAGUGUCUGGUGUUCAGCCUGUGUCAAGACCAGGAGGUGAUACCCAAGAUCUCGCUCAUUACUCAAUCGCCGAAACUCCAACCAGUGGCAUUCCGAGGCAGAUCCCAUGUGAUCAUGUUGUGGUGCGCGAACGGUAUCAUAUUCCUUACGAGCCACGCGCGCUGUCGGAAAAACCGCGCGACCACUACCAGAUACUUCCUCUUCCAACGAACAGAAGAGAUCAUUAUAUACUGCAGCCUUGUCUUGAUGUUGGUCCAAACCCGCACAAUCAGUAUCAAGUGUCGCCUGAUAGUUAUCAAAUGCCAGAUGAUCAAAAUCCGGGUCAGAGAACUUACGAUCAAAAUCAGGUACUAAGUCCCACUCAAGGUCAGGCUUUUUAUCAUAUAACACGUGACCAAAGUCCCGCUCAGAGGGUGCAUGACUUGUAUCAGAUAGCACGUGACAUGCCCCCUUCUCCGAGACUAUAUGAGAACUAUCAAGUGCCACGUGAGCAAAUUCCUCCCCAGAUUGCGCACGAACGUUAUCAAGUCCAACAGGAUCAUAGUCCAGGGAAGAGAACGCACGAUCAGGCUCAGAGACCACUCGAGCACAGCCACAUGUCACAAGACCCAAGCAUUGGUCAGAGAUCACAUGACCAUCAUCAGGUGCCUCGUGAUCACAUGCCACGUGAUCAGCCUUACGAUUACAUUCCGCUUCCAGCUGACCAGAAUCCGGCUCAAAGACCGCCGCACGAACGUAGCACGUCACCAUGCCACGAGAAUGAACGUGAUCUAGUACAAGGAGCACGUGAUCAAAACUUGACAAAUGAAUCUGCGCACGGUUCAACUCAAGAAGCUGCGGACCGGCCGCAGGAUCAAUACGCCGGUGAAGGACCCCGUGAGCAGCAACAAGCUGUAUCUCCCAGUGAUAAGUCCACAACAGCUGAUCAAAGACCUGACGUGCCACUCGACAAAAAUGGAGUUAGACCUCAAAACGCUCCACGGGGCACUAGAGAACAACCCAACGGAAUUCACGUACCUCGCCGUAGGUCACGCAAUCCUUACCAAAUUGCGCGUGACAUACACCAUAACCUUGGAAUUGAAACAAGAUCGUCACGUCGUUCUAAACGAGUUCCAGUUGAACAAAGGACGCAACCCCAAAAGACGUGCCCUAAGGAUGUUGUGUCUAGUCCAGGUGAGACGCCAAAAGAGAGAACUCCGCGAUCUUCUAUGUCUUCGUGGAAAGAAGAACGGCCGAAACCCGCACAGAAGGAGUGGGUCAGUGAUCUGCCAAAGACAGCUGUGUUUGUUCCCGUGCCUCACCUGAAGCGUACAACGCCCGAACCACCCCGCAAUGAAACCAGUGUAUAAAUGCUAGUGUCGAACACUCGGGAAGGCGUCUUGACAAAAGUCAAUACUAAAUGCCCCACGCACCAGUAGUUAUGACUUAUCAUUUACGUGUGUAGAGGGCAAUGAGUUUAAUGUUAUAGUUAAGCUAAACGAGCUCGCGAGAUAUGUAUCUAUUUUAAUCGAGGAACAUUGCUAGCAUGUAUGUCGCACUCACGGUGAAUGUUUUUUUGUUUUUGUUUUUUUUUUAUACUUCAAUUGCUAUGCCGCAGCUCGCGACAAGACCUAUUUGUCGGAAACAUUAAAGACACUUAACUACAACACCGACAUUUAUCUGGAAAAAAAUAUCAUAGUUUGUCCGGCAUCGGCGCGUUCAUCUGCAAGUUUGUAACAAAACAAAGUGUUACUAAGACACGCAUUUUGCUAUAUAGGGAGUCUCCCCCCCCCCUCAAAAAAUAUAAACACUAUGGUGUGUUUGUUGUGAGGUAUAUUUUGAAAGGAGCAGUUUUGUCAGUUUUAAGCCUGUGUAGCUUGAACAUUAAAACUAUUUUAACCCGUGUACAUACGCUGCCUUUACGCCCAUUUUGGUCGGCAGGCUUUCUUUGGAAGAAAUAUUGUAUGACAAGUCAUAAAUGAAAGAACUAGGUAGUUUGUUUUUCGUUAGGUGUUUGAAUAAAUAAUAGCGUGUGGUUAAAGAAAUGAUCAAUUGUAGCUGUUAUGUAAUGGUUUGUGAACAGGCCUAAGGGUAUCUGUAUUCGCCAUCUUCUCUACGGCAGGGAGCAAAAUCUGGGUUUUGCUCGCAGCUCAUGCGACUCUAAUAUUGACUACUAACUUAUAUACCAUGCCAUAGAAAAUACAGCCAAUCAGAAUACAGGAAAGCUGCUGUCUACUCGACUGAAUUACUCCCAACUUUCCCAUCAUGCCCUGCAUUGAUUGUGUUGAUCACUGUAUUUUCUAUGGCAUGGUGUAAAUUACAGAAUUGUGUAUACUAAGAAAAUACAAGUGACAAGUGGGAUACCACUCGGAAGCGUUAGAUAACUAGUAUGCAACUUAACGCAAGCGAAAUAACAACAGUAAAAAGAAACAAGCGGUCGUACUUUUCA